CUUGCGAUGUCAUCUGAGCCUGCUGCGAAGAAAAUAAAGUUGGAUUUGAGUGAACCAGAUGAACCUCUCACUCGUAAUGAUGUCAUCUAUUUUCAGAAGGAGGCUUUAUUUAGAAAGCUAAAUCUUCAGAGAACCAAUUUGGAAUCUGUUAAGACUCAAUAUGAACUAUCUAAAAAACAAUGUAAUGAUAUUUCUAUAAAAUUAGGUAAUAUAAUGGCUUUAGUUGUAACAUUAGCUAGAUUUCUGAUUGAAUUAUGUGAAACAGAUGAGGAGAAAAAGGUCUGUGAACAAGUUUCUGAAGGCGAUGAAACAAUAAUUUUGCAACAAAGUGAUUCAUUUAUCAAAUUGCUUACUAAAUAUAGUGGACUUAAAACAACAAAUUCGAUAGAUACAUCUGAGUUAGCAACGAACUUAAAGAACUGGGAAAAGGAGAAAACUUCUUUAAUUAAUGAAAAUAAACAAUUAGAAGAAGAAGUUGAAGCUUUGAAAGAAUACUAUCAAAAAGAAAUUCGUAAAUAUGAUAGAGAAGAUUCUGCCACAGUAAAUAGAAUUUUUAGGAAAAUAAAAGAAGAAAGUGAGGAAGAAAAGAAAAACGAGAUUACAUCAAACGAUGAAUCUAAUGGUAUGAAAAAGGAAUCAUCAUCUGAUAUAAAAAAGGAUAAUAAAAGUACCGAAAAUCUGGGAAAUUUGGAAGAUGCUCAACAGAAACUUGAUACAGAGUUUAAAAUUACAGAUCUUCAAUCUCAAAUUGAAGUUUUAACUAAUACAAUUGGAAGUCUGAAAGAUGUUAAAUCAAAUUAUGAAAAUGAAAUCAAAAAUUUAAAAACACAACUUGCUUUAAAAGUCAAAAACGAAGGCUCCCAAGAAGAGGUAAAAGGCUUAAUAGAAAAAGUUAAACAUUUGACAAAUGAAAAUCAAAUAUUAACAGAAACUAAUGAUGAAUUUAUGUCAAGAUUUCAACAGUUAAAUCACGACAAAGAAAUUUAUACUGGUAAAUUGAUGAAAGAAUUUGAAACAGCCCAAGAAGCUUUGAAGAAGCAUAAUGGAUCUCUAGAAAAGGAUUUAGUUCGAAUUAGAGCCACCCGUGAUGAUCUAUUAGCGAAGAUGGCUAUAUUAGAAGCCGCGAGAUCGAAGUGUGAUGUUGUCGAAGAAUUACAAAGCGCAUUAGAUAUAAUGAAAAAACAAUACGAAAACUUUGAGAAGAAGUCAACUGAAGGCUCACAUACUUCUCAAGAUGCAUUAAUGAAAGAAUUACAAGAUCUUGAAUCUGCAUUCAAAGAAUUAUCGAAUUUGACAAACAAGAAAUAUUCUGAAUAUUUAAAUAAUGAAUCAGUAAUUUCGAAACUAACAGUUGAGAAAACAAAGGCUGAUCAAAAAUAUUUUGCAGCUAUGAGAUCGAAGGAUUCGAUUUUGAUAGAGAACAAAAAUUUGUCUAAAAGUUUAAGCAAAUCUAAUGAGUUAAUUUUACAAUUGAAAGAAUCAGAAAAGUUAUUCCAACAAAAGAUUGAGAAUUUGACUAAGCAAUUGGAGUUAUCCCAAAAUAAUGAGUUAAGGUUGAUCAAUUCUAACAAGACUGAAACCAUGAAAAUCAUAGAAUUAAAUUCUCAAUUAUCUAAUUUCAAGAAAUCUGCUCUACAAAAUGAGGAACAGAUUAAUAAGGAGGUUUCAGAACUGAUAGAUCUAAAAAGUAAAUUACAAUCAUAUGAAACCGAAAAUAAAACUUUGGUCCUAAAGGAACAGCAUCUAGUGGAUAAGUGUGACAAAUUACAGAAAUCAUUGUUAUCCGGGGGUGGUGAUAGCAGUACUCUUGCUGAAGAGUUAGAAAAUUUCCGUAGUUUGGUGUAUUGUUCAUUGUGUUCCAAAAACUGGAAGAGCACUGCAAUCAAGACAUGUGGACAUGUAUUCUGUGAUAACUGUUGCAAGGGUAGAUUAGCAUCCAGAAUGAGAAAGUGUCCUACAUGUAAUAAAGCAUUUAGCUCAAAUGAUUUAUUAUCUGUACAUUUAUGA